CAUUGGUAGUAUGCGGUUGCACGGGAAAAUAUAAAAAAAAGAGGUAAAACCUGCAGCGCGCCAUCGGGCCAGGAUGCUGAUGAACCAAACGAACCACACAGAGGAGGACCUCUUCUCCUGCUACAGCCCUUCAGCCGAGAGCUACCGGUACUUCGCCGUGCUGUGGGGGUGCGUCGUCACCGUGACCGGCACGGUGGGGAACAUCAUGACGGUGCUGGCCUUCGUCUUCGACUCACAUUUGAGGAGCCGCUUCAAUGCGCUCAUCGUCAACCUGGCUGUAGCCGACCUCCUGUACUGCACCGUGCUGCAGCCCGCCUCCGUCGACGCCUACCUGCACCUCCGGUGGCGUGGCGGACAGCUCUGGUGCUCCGUCUUUGGUCUGCUCCUCUUCCUGUCGAACUCGGUUUCUAUUAUCACUCUCUGUCUGGUGGCGGUGAGCAGGUAUCUCCUGGUUGCCAGAAGGGCUGUGUUUGUCAGGGUCUUCUCUAAACUCGGUUUGAUUUUACUCUUGAUUUCCUCGUGGACGCUGGGCCUGAUCAGUUUCGCUCCUCUCUGGUCCGUCUACGUGUUUGUGCCACAGGUGUGCACGUGCAGCUUCCACCGCACCGAGGGCCGCCCUUACUCCACCAUUGUGCUGUUUCUCUACUUUUUUGUUGGUCUGAGCUGCGUGGGCGUGUUCUACCUGCUCAUUUACAGACAUGUGCUCAUUGCCUCGAAGGCUCUGCUCCGAUAUAGACUCAGUCGCCGGUCGUCCAGGAGGAAGCCGACAUGCUCAGCCGAAGGCGCCAACGACAGCGGCGUGGCAAAGACAAGUAGCUCUGAGCUGAGCAGCCAGGCCGAAAUCUCUCAGCAUGAAGAGAGUACCUGUGAGAACAUGCCCCAGUCCACCCGUAGCGCCAAUACGGCUUCCAUUCAUCAUUCAUCAACCGUCAACACGCCGACCGCUGAUAUUGUUCAUACUGUAGUUUCAGUCGCGCCGGCCCCCGUUGUAGUUUCCUCCUCCCACUCCGACAGUAAAAGAGACGACAGUGAAAUUAAGCAUGUGACGCACAUGUGCUUCGCUGUUUUUCUGUGUUUUGUUUUCUGUUUCGUGCCGUUCCUGCUGCUCAACAUCGCCGACAAACACAACCGGGCUCCGCAAAUACUGCACAUGUUCUGCGCAAACCUCACCUGGCUCAAUAGCUGCAUCAACCCCGUGCUCUACGCCGUCAUGAACCGACAGUUUCGACAGGCCUACUUUGUGCUGCUCAGCAGGGUCGCUUCACCCUUCACCUGCCGCUGGGCCCGCUUUUAGCUGCAGACUUUUCUGAUUCGUGGAAACUAAUCCUGUGUGAUGUUUCUUCUAGUUGUGACUCACUAGAUGGCACAUGUACUAUUGUUUGU